AUGGUCCACGAACUUGGAAAGCCGGAUUAUGUCUCUGCAAACGGGGUGCAGUUGUACAACCCUUCCUGGUGUUACAAACCUACCGGCACGUGGUCGAUCGCGAGCAAACGCGGAAACACUCUUUAUAUCUCUGGCAUGCGCGGGAUAUCUCCAGAGACGCAAGAGUUGAUCCCAUUCAACAGCGAGGGAAAGCAGGAUGGCCCUCCCAGCCAAUCGCCUGCGUAUCCUCGGGUACUGAAAGCCUUUCAGAACAUGUGCAUGGUAAUGGAGGCUGCUGGCGCCACAGUAGGGGACUGCAUACGCCUUGUAGUAUACACCACGGACAUGCCACAAUAUAGGCCUCUCGUGAAUGAAGCGCAGAAAGAGAUCUGGGGAGAGGUCCCCUUCCCGCCACGCUCGAUAGUAGAAGUGUCGAGACUCAACCAAGACGACAUUGUGGAGGUAGAGAGUACGUUUGCCAUCUCCGAAUGAUACGAUUCAAUGCACAAACACGUGUAGAGACAUGAAUGCAUAUUGGCGUCACAUGAUUGAAUGGAUCAAGAAUACCGUUGCUCGAGCUCCAGACCAUUGGGAGGUCACCUCUGUGAUGAAAUAGAAAACCGAUUAUAGCAUCCGAUGUGUCAUGGGUGCUGUCAUUUCAACUGGACAGCCGUGGGCC